AUGACCGUCAAGUCUGCCCACAUCCCAGACCUGGGGGGACGGCGUUCAGACGGCAACGCCCAAGACAAUGCCCCUCCCUCCAGGCCCCCUGCCCAGGAGCGUGGGGUACAGGACCUGGACUGCGGAGCUGGCCUCCUUCUCCGUGGGCGCCGAGCGGAGGGAGGGGGACACACGGCGGUGCACCCGCCCGCCGAGCCACCCAAGUGCCCUGCACAGUGGCAGGUGCGGAACAGGAUCCGACUCCGCUGGGGAGACGCUGGCACUCACCUGAUCGCCGCCGCGCGCUCCCUGGACUCCGGGAUCUGCAGGUGGCACCGGCCCGGACCCCCCUCCCCGGGUCUCGGCGGGCGCGAGGGAUGCUGCGGCGGCCGCUCCAGCGCCUUCCCCGCGCGGGCGGCAGAGGGCUCCGUGCGCUGCGCCGCCGACCCGGCUUUUACCCCACGUGGGUGGCAGCCGCUCCGCCGGCUGCAAGCCUGUGGGGCAGCCCUGGCCCAGGCCGUGGGCUCCGGCGCCUGCCAAUCCCCGUCUGCCGCUGGCUCGUGCCCGCUCACCUUUAACCCUCCUCCCCGGGGGCUUGCCUGGGCAGACUCCCGGGGGCCCCUCUUAGCUCUUCUCUGCUGGCAGUUCCAGGGCCUGCAGCUGGAGCGGGAGGCAUGCUUGGCCUCCAACUAUGCCCUGGCCAAGGAGAACCUGGCCUUGCGGCCCCGCCUGGAGAUGGGCCGAGCAGCCCUGGCCAUCAAGUACCAGGAGCUUCGAGAGGUGGCUGAGAACUGUGCUGACAAGCUGCAGCGACUUGAGGAGAGCAUGCAUCGCUGGAGCCCUCACUGUGCGCUGGGCUGGCUACAGGCUGAGCUGGAAGAGGCUGAGCAGGAGGCGGAGGAGCAGAUGGAGCAGUUGCUGCUGGGGGAGCAGAGCCUGGAGGCCUUCCUGCCGGCCUUCCAGCGCGGCCGGGCCCUGGCGCACCUGAGGCGGACACAGGCUGAGAAGCUGCAGGAGCUGCUGCGGCGACGGGAGCGGUCUGCCCAGCCAGCCCCCACUGCGGCCGCGGACCCCCCCAAGCCCUUCCCUGCUGCAGCUGUCCUGCCCACUGGGGCUGCCCGGGGGCCACCAUCAGUGCCCCGGAGCCUGCCCCCCUUGGACUCCCGCCCAGUGCCACCACUCAAGGGCUCCCCUGGGUGCCCUCUUGGCCCAGCCCCUCUGCUGAGCCCUCGGCCCUCUCAGCCAGAGCCCCCCCACCGGUAGGAUCCAGGCUGUGGCCCCCCAGUGGGGGGCCUAGACAAACUUGAUUCGUGGCUCCUCCUCCUCCCCCACUGCCUGGGUGGGGGGAGGGGCAGGCCCCUCCCCCUGGCCUCAGGCAGGCCCUGGCCCUGGAGGCUGAGCUGGGGAGGAGGGUCACCCCAAGAGGCCCAGAGAGGGCUUGGGUAGGGUGGGCAGGGUGCUGGGCCUCGGGCGAUGAGGAAACUCUGCCUUUCUUGUCUCCCUGGCUGGGGCCUCUGGGGUGACAGGCCAGCCCCAUGGAAGAACUUCACUUACCUACAGGGCCUGGGGCCUGGGGCCAGGACGGUACCGCUUCCCCUUGGGGCCUGUCUCACUCUGCCACUCCACUGGGUGCGUGCAACGCCAAGGCCAACAGGAGUGUUUCCAUCAGGUCUUGAGCCUACUUUUCCCCCAGUUCUGGGGCCCACCACCUAGGAGCCAGGUGGUCAAGGCCCCAGCUGCGGGGCAGGGACACCACGGCCCUGGGGCUGCUACGUGCUCUGCACCUGCUCCAGACCCUGGGGCAAGAUAGGCUAGGGCUCUGACCUGCGCCAGUGAGAGCAGGCCACCCCAGGAAAGACCAUUCUGUAUUUUUCUGUCCCUGUCUCCUUAGAAUGGAACCUUUUUGAGGGCAGGUCCUUGUCUUUGUAUGUUCUGUCCCCAGCCCCGCUUCCUAGGGGCCGUCAAUAAAUGUGAUGAUGCGGAUGA